CUUUAUGGUUAUAGGGAAUAUAGAGUGUGGAAAGUGAAAUGGGAAAAUCAUGGGUUAUGUUAAUGGCCAUAUUAUUGGUCCUAUUUUUGUUGAAUAAUUUAGAAUUGAAAAUUAUGGCAAGUGCAAAAUUGAGUGAAACAGCAUGUAAAGAAGAGAGACGAAUUGGUAUAAAUUCUUGUAAACCUGUUUUGUAUGGAAAACUUCCUUCUCCUAUGUGUUGUGAACGUGUUAGGGUUACUCAUAUUGAAUGUGUUUGUAGUGUUAUUACUCCUAAAUUGGCUGCUCUUAUUGAUAUCAGUCGUGCUAUUCGUCUUGUUGAAGGUUGUGGUCGAAGAGUCCCUCGAAAAUUCAAGUGUGGAAGUAUUACCACACCACCAUAAGGAAUAUAGUCAGCUUAAUUGGCUUGCUGCUUGGUGUUUCUUCUCCUACUUUAGUUAAUAAUUAAGUUUUAAUCCUCUAAGCUGUUUAUGAUUAGUACUAAUGUAUUAAUAUAUAGAUGGUUCUUCAGUUGGAAUUAAAUCAGAGAGGAGAAUAUAAUAUGAGUUUAAGUUAUUAAUGUAUCGACGUAUUUUCACCUAUUAUAUAAGAUUGCUUUCCAUUUUUCUUAA